AUGAACAUAUAUAAGAUAAUCUAUUACUGGGAAUUGUAUACCAUUUUCAAAAAUGCAAAAAUCGUACUAACAGUGACAAAUGUUACAAAUCGUGGAACAUUUGCAUGUCGCACUGUGAUGACCAUAGAAAACAGAGAUCGCAAUGCUACUUUUUCCAAAAACAUUCAAAUAUUCCACAAAUUUGGAACAUAUAAAUCUAUGGAUAAAUGGACGGAACAUUCUAAUAUACGGAUAUAUAGAGGGAAAAUUUGUACAUACAAAUGCGCACCAAAUCAGGAACAUACAAAUCAAUGGUUUAAUGUAUGGAUCAUUGUGACACACAGAUAUAGGGCGCGACCAAUGGAACAUAUAAAUGUACAACAAAAAGUGACAUUCAAAAAUAUGGUUUCAAGGAUGUAA